AUGACAAGUGAUCAUUUCAACAUCAGGAAGCAAAUUCAAAUUAAAGAUUAUAAACACUGUUGGUUCAUUGUGGAUUUGGUGAACGCCUACCAAGUCAAAUCAAUUAAGCUUCGAACCGGGACCUGUGCUACUGCAGACGAUUUUAAUAAUAUGGACAACUUCGUGGUUGGACUGACAAAUUAUUUUGAUCCGUCUGUGAACACAUCAUCAAUAAGAGGUAAUUACGACCUGUGUAAUCAGUACCCAUCAACUGUUGGUGGAGAUGGACUGGAUCUGACGGUUGAUUGCUUGGAUGGAAAUAAAUUUUCAAGAUUUGUCAUCAUACAAGUGGCUGAAAGUAAAGGCACUAUAUGGCUUCAUUUCGCUGAAUUGGAUGUUUACACCAACGGUUAA